AUGUCGGAUGAGAGCGUUCCUGGCUCGGCACGUCAUUCCAGCCGUUUUCAGGAACAGUGGGUAAGUCUACCUCAAUUUGACGAGACAUUGCCUCAGGGCAUAGACGGACAACAAACAAUUUGUUUUGUUUUCAGCGUCACGCCAGGAUUCAGCCUUUGGAAUCUGAUGUGGAUUCACUCUCCCAAUACUCCACAAGUACCAAAUCUUCUGCACGUGCUGUCGUUGUCCAGGAGAACCAAGAGCACGUCGAAACGCCGGAGACGUCAGACUUGAGGGUGACCACAAUCACCGUCACCAAUGCGGAGAAUGUACCCGCUGUAGCCUCAACUCCCAAUCACUUGUAAGGUCGAAGUACAAAAAAUGCAUAAUUGCACCAAUAAAUUAGCGUUUUAAGUACAGGGUGUCCCAAAAAAAUGCAUGUUAUUUUUAUUUAUAAGCUUAGCCACUUAACUAUGAGAAUCAAUGCCUUCACCCGGACGUUUUACUAAUUUAUGAGCCUUUAAAUUAGAAAAAGGAUGCUUGGAAUCUCGAAAAACAGCAAGAGAUCUGUUUAGGAAACUGAUUUUAGAAGCGCGAGAGAUGGAAGGACCACAUCCUUGACGGCCGAAUCCGAAAGAGAGGAUGAAAUCCCGUCUAGACUUUCAUUUAUCGUCAAAGAAAAGCUCCACGAAUUCGCAAAAGACAUAAGAAGACGGACUUCGGAAGUCCGGGAAGAGAUUAUUCGAGAUCUGACACCCGAACCUGAAGAAGAUGUGGACAAUCAGUCGGAGAAAGGCCAGGACGAUUCCUCUCUGCUCUCUCUGAUUGGUCUCCAUGAACAAGAAGUAGCCGAGGCCUCUGGAAGGUACUUCGGAUUCAUCCCCAAAUCGGUGAAUCCAUUUAGUAAGUUGUGUUCCGAAGAGAAGCGAUUUGAGAUUGGACAAUGUAGAGUAAUAAUAAAACAGGAUCGAGGACUGAGUAAUCUCUAACCUUUGUCAAAUUUAAUACAAAGUAGAAGGGCAGUAACAGGGCAUAGCAGACGGUAAUAUGAUCAAAUUAAGGCAAAAGUUACAUGGCCUGGCUAUGUGUGGUGGUCCUCGCCUUUCUCUACAACGCCUUCGCCAUCCCCCUUAGAAGCACGUAUCCCUACCAAACAGAUGUUAAUGUCAUGUAUUGGAUGAUGCUGGAUUAUACCAGUGAUCUCGUAUAUCUCCUAGACAUGGGUGUAGUCAAACCGAGGAUGGUAUUUACAAGAGGGGGCAUUACAAUCGUAAGACAAACAGCAUUGAAUUAUUUUACAUGAAACUUUAGAAAGAUCCAAAGGAAAUGAAGAAGCAUUAUUUGAUAAGUAAUACUUUCAAGAUGGACUUGGUAUCCCUACUUCCGUUUGAUCUAGGUUACAUAUACACGGGCCCUGUAGCCGCCUGGAGAUUGGUUAGGCUGGGUAAAUUGGGAUCGUUCUGGGAGUUCUUCGACCUUCUGGACAGCUCAUUUUCAAACCCUUAUAUUGUUAGGUAAGUGGUAUGAUAACCAACCAUGUACAUACGACUAUUUGCAGGAUAACGAAAACAUUCAGUUAUAUGAUAUACAUCAUUCAUUGCAACAGCUGCGUAUAUUACAUGUUGAGUGCGUGGCAAGCCUUUGGGCAGAUUGCAUACCGCUACAAAGACCGAUGGUAUCUCAAUAAGUGGGUCUACAACAACCAGGGAAACGCCUACAUACGAUGUUUCUACUUUACAUCAGCAGUAGCCACUUCGACGGGAAAUAAUCCUGCACCCACGAACGUAAUCGAAUACAUCUAUAUGACCUUCUCCUGGAUGAUGGGCGUCUUCGUAUUUGCGUUGUUGCUUGGUCAGGUAAGUCAUCUAACACCGGAAACAUCAACGAGUAAUCACGUUGCAGAUCCGCGAUAUUGUGUCAAAUGCAAACAAAAACAACGAGGAGUUCAGGAAUAUAAUGGACAAGGCGCUGGCCGAGUGCAAACGACUCGAACUCCCCGAGCAUUUAAUUAACCGCGUACGUGUCUGGUUCAUGUACACAUGGGAACAGCAAAAGACAUUGGACGAAAAGAAAUUAGUCGAAAAAUUACCCCUGAAACUGCAAACCGAUCUCGCCUUAUCCGUCCAUUACAACACACUAAGUAAAGUGCAACUCUUCCAAGUAAGUCCGGAUCAUGUGACUCUUACGUAGAAGGGGUCAAACAUCAAGUAAAAAUAGACUUAACAUACGACUACGGUACUUUCAGGAUGCUGAUCGGGCCCUAUUGAGAGAUCUGGUUUUAAAACUGAAACCCGUCAUCUUCCUACCUGGGGAUAUGAUCUGUAGAAAAGGAGACGUGGGAAAAGAAAUGUACAUUGUAAAUCAAGGGAUCUUGGAAGUGGUGGGCGACGCCAACCAGGUAUUUGCAACCCUCAAGGAAGGCUCCGUUUUUGGAGAGAUCAGGUAAACGCGGUUGUUUACACUUAUGACAUGCAUAACAUGGUCACGAACACGGCAUUUCCUUUUCGCAGGCUCUUAAUAAAACUUUCUAUACUAAAAAUUGUUAUGCGCUUUACAGUCUAUUGGCGAUUGGAGGUAACAACCGGAGGACUGCGAACAUCAGAUCCAAGGGGUACUCCACGUUGUUUGUACUGUCCAAGGAAGAUCUCAAUGACGUCAUCCGAGAUUAUCCCGACGCGCAACAAUUGUUGAAGAAGAAAGCACGGUAAAUUCAGAGCCCAACGAAAAUAUUUUUAGAAAAAUGUUGAAAAAAGAUGAAAAAAAAGAUGACAAUAACAAGGACAAAGCAAGGGAAGAACUCAAGGACAAGUGCAGAGUAUCAGCCGAUAUCAGGGUACCCAAAUUUCUUCAGACAGUCCGACAAUUACUUCCCAAGGAAUCGCAGACAAAACAGGAACUGGAAAAAGUAUUUGAAAGUGAGAGACAAAAAAAGGCCCAGAAAGGCUCAAGGGGACUAGUUUUAUUAAAGUGGGGGAGGGAUUCAGGAAGUCACCCUUAAGCCGGAAAUGGGUUGGAAACAGUUUGACAACUUGAUACUUUUAAAUUAGAUGUUUUUGCAGAGAAAACGAGAGACCGACGUCGACUCAAGAGAUGGAGUACGAUCCCUUGUCGUUUCGACGGUGAUAAAAUUCCCAGGAUUCAAAGGGCCAAAUCUUUGGAUGCCAGGCCUGAGGACGAAGAUCCAGAGGAACCACAUAGUUCUGCUCAGUUACCCAAUCCAAAUGCAAAUAAAUUCAAGUGA